CAAUCUCUUUCCCAGUGGUGUGUGCUGCCAUUACAAAGAAUUAAUAAAGCGCUGUUCAGCCUGAGCAGGCCGGCCGGCAGCCGGUACUGAGCACACUGACAGCUGCUGUAAGAAGUAGCGGCAAGCAGUGAGGGCGGCGGAAUCUAUUGCGAGCAGUUCAUCACCGGGUUAGGGCGCUACACACUGCACGGCUCCCCGCUCCCCGCUCCCAUCCAGCUAUGUCCGACCGCUUCUCCCUGUCCGACUGUGAUGCCAUCGGCUUCGACCUGGACCACACUCUCUGCAGGUACCGGCUACAGGAAUCCAGCAAGUUGAUUUAUGACAGUUUUGCUCGGUAUCUGGUGGCAGAAAAAGGAUAUAAAGAAGACUUGUUAUCAGUUACACCUGAGGAAUGGGAUUUCUGCUUCAAGGGCUUGGUGCUGGAUAUGGAAGAAGGAAACUUUCUUAAACUUGCUGCAGAUGGAACUAUUCUCAGGGCAUGUCAUGGCACCAAGCCAAUGACUGCAGAAAUGAUUGAGGAGACUUAUGGAGAAAAGAGGCAGUGGAAGCACUUUAAAGAAAUCAAUGGAACAUAUGCACGAUCAGCUAAAUACUACUUCUAUGACAACUAUUUUGACUUACCUGGAGCUCUUCUGUGUGCCAAAAUAGUAGAUUCUUUAGAAAUGACUGAUGGACAGAACAAGUAUGAUUUCUGGAAAGAUGUUAUUUCUGCAGUUGAACACAACUACAAAACCACAGCUUUUAAAGAAAAUUGUGGAACAUAUUUUCCAACUGUUAAAAAGGACCCAAGCAAAUAUUUAAAGCCAUGUCCCGAUUCCGUUAAGAACUGGAUCAAGAGUCUGAAAAAUGCUGGAAAACUGAUAUUAUUAAUCACUAGCUCACAUAGUGACUACUGCCGACUUUUGUGUGAGCAUAUCUUGGGGAAGGAUUUUGAAGAACUCUUUGACAUAAUAAUUACCAAUGCCUUAAAGCCAGGAUUUUUCUCACUUAUACCACAACAAAGACCAUUCUGGACUCUUGAAAGUGAUGUAGAAAUAGAAAUAUUACCGACGAUGGAGAAGGCAGGCUGGUACUCUCAAGGCAACUGGGUACAUCUGUAUGACCUGUUAAAGAAAAUGACUGGAAAGCCUGAACCAAAGACUGUGUACUUCGGGGACAGCAUGCGGUCAGAUAUAUUCUCAGCCCGCCAUUACAGCUGCUGGGAGACUGUCCUCAUACUGGAGGAGUUAGAAGGAGGUGAAGCCCCGGAGCCAGACAUGACUGAUAUUGGAUCCUGCUUAAAAAAGAAAGGAAAAUAUGAUAGCUCUCAUCCACAAGAACCAUAUUCUGUGUCGAAAAAAUGGGGAUCUUACUUUGCAGACUGCAUUCCAAGCACAAAGAGUACCCAGGAAACACAGACUGUCACCUGGUGUUGCGCCAGUAUUAUGAAUUACAGUACAAUUACCAUCCCGAGCAUCACAGCAAUUGUAGAUUUGCCUCUGGAUUUUAAAUUUACAAGAUUCUCAAGCAAUAAUUCAGACACUGACGGCUUCUACCCUCAGCCACCGGCAGUCCUGCUAUCUCACAACAAGGAGGGUGCUGCAGCGUAAUCACUGUUGUUAGUAUACGAGGAGCUAAAUGACUAUAAAAUGGCUAUAACUGUUCUAAACGUUUCUGUUGAAAACAAAUGUGGCUGAAUAUGCCUUUUCACAUUAAGAUUCUCUUUCUUAAUAAUUAUACAUUUUAGUUGAAAGAAGGUAAGAUAUACCAAAAUGAUUUGUAGCAGCAUUUUGUAUUCAAUUUCAAGCAGAUUUGUGACCCUCCGUUUGUAUAAUUCGACGUUUUAAGUACAGAGUUUUUAUUGUCAAUAAGCAGUCCUCAUGCUACCGUUAUGUAAAGUAUAGUGAUAGUAGUCCAAGGUAUUCCCAUUAUUGUUUCCGAAACUGAAAUGGUAACCUUGGACAGUAUGACCGCCGGCUGUGAGUGUCAGGAAAUGCGGUGAAAGGUAGAUUAGCAAUAACUAGAUUGCUGGAGGUGAGUAAAUAUCCUUUUCAAUAAUUAAUCAGUGUAAAACUGUGAUACUUUUCUAUAUAUGUAGCCAGUAUAGCGCUUACACAGGCUGCAGAUGUUUUGUAAAAUUGGCAAGAAACAACAUUCUCCGGUAUGCUGUUUAAUAAUCAAUGUACUGUGAUGCUGAAAUAAAUAUACAGUAAAUAUUUAUAA